AUCCGCCCCCCAGACCGUUUAUUUCAGGGGAGCCGAAUUUCGCACAACACCUGCCGCGAUGGAUCCGUCGGACGGGUUCGGUUCUCCCGGACGGGAAGAGGCUGCGGCAGACAGCCGAACCGCCUGGACCCGGUUCUCCUCCUGGCUGGAGUGCGUGUGUGUUGUUACCUUCGACCUGGAGUUUGGACAAGCCAUUGAGCUAGUUUAUCCGCAGGAUGUCAAACUCACAGAGAAAGAGAAAACCAGCAUCUGUUACUUGUCCUUUCCUGACUCCUACUCAGGUUGCCUUGGGGACACUCAGUUCACCUUCAGGUUUCGCCAAUCAGUUGGGCGUCAAAUUUUCAGAGACGACAUCUACAACAGAGACGCCGCCGCCACGCUGCAGAAGGAAAUGGCACAUUUUUUCGGCUACGUCUACUUCCGUCAGGUGAAGGAUGUGUCUGUGAAGAGAGGCUACUUUCAGAAGUCGCUAGUGUUGGUGUCCAGGUUGCCCUACACACACCUGUUUCAUUCGGUGCUGCAGGUCAUCGCACCAGAGUUCUUCGACAAGCUGGAGCCGUUCCUGGAAGCAGUUUGCAGUGAGAUUGACCAGUGGCCCAACCCCUCACCUGGGCAGACGCUCAACCUGCCCAUCGUGGGCGUCGUCCUACAGGUUAGAAUUCCUUCAAAAACAGACAAACCAGGAGGAAGUCCUGUCAGACAGAUCACUAACGAGAGCCCGCUGCCAGCUCCAACUCUCCUCCCAACCAUCCACGAACUGGACCUCUUCAAGUGUUUCCAGUCGGUUCUGAUCCACCUGCAGAUGCUGUGGGAACUCGCGCUGCUCGGCGAGCCGCUGGUCGUCAUGGCGCCGUCUCCGACUGUCUGCUCGGAAACAAUCCUGGCUCUGGUCAGCUCCAUCAGCCCUCUGAAGUUCUGCUGCGACUUUCGGCCGUAUUUCACCAUCCAUGACAGCGAGUUCAGAGAGUACACGACCCGGACGCAGGCGCCACCUAAUGUGGUUCUGGGAGUCACCAACCCGUUCUUCAUCAAGACUUUUCAGAACUGGCCUCACAUCAUUCGACUGGGAGAGAUCAAGAUGGCCGGUGAUCUUCCGAAGCAGGUGAAGGUGAAGAAGUUGUCCAAACUAAAAACUCUGGACACCAAACCAGGGAUUUACACAGCCUACAAAACGUUUCUACACAAAGACAAAAUCCUUAUCAAGAGGCUUUUGAAGGGAAUCCAGAGGAAAAGGCCGUCAGAGGCUCAGAGCGCCAUUUUGAGGCGACACCUGCUUGAGUUGACGCAGAGCUUCAUCAUUCCUCUGGAGCGGUACAUGGCGAGCCUGAUGCCUCUGCAGAGAUCAGUCACACCCUGGAAGACUCCUCCGCAGGUUCGUCCCUUUAGUCAGGACGAGUUCAUUUCCACUCUGGAUCACACCGGUCCUCAGCUCACCUCCAUGCUCAGAGGGGACUGGAUGGGUCUGUACAGGAAGUUCUUCAGGUCCCCGAACUUUGACGGCUGGUACCGCCAGCGCCACAGAGAGAUGACCCAGAAGCUGGAGAGCCUCCACCUGGAGACGAUCUGCGACGCAGACCUUCUGGGAUGGACCAAAGACAAGUCGGAGGUGGAGAUCGUGGAUCUGAUCCUGAAGCUCAGAGAAAAGCUGAUCAAAGCUCGCCGGCAGCAGCUGCAGGUCAAAGAUGGAGUUUUAGACAAACUGGACGCUUUCAUAAACUCUGUAAUCGGCUCGCUGCCUGAAGACCUGCAGCCCGUCCUGAACGCGCGCUGACGCCGUCAAACCUGAAAGACUGAAACCCUGAAAUGAGCCCAAACAAUGCAGACAAGAUUCAUGACGACACUGAAGAUUUGAAUUGAUCUCAACAGGAAGUCCAACAGCAGACGGUCGAAACAAACAGCCGUUAUUUUUCUAAUCUGAGAAAUUAAAAACACUAACAUGCUGCUAUCUCCAUGUAUUUUAUCUUAAUAUAAUCUUAAUCUAUUAAGACUUUAUUCCCACAUGAUUUAUUCUGACAAUAGUGUGACUAUUUUUCUGCUGGCUUUAUUCUCGUUAAAUAACAGCUUCAGUUUUCUGCAACUUUUUUCACGUGUGACUUAAUUCAUCUCAACAGAAACCCUGUUGACUUUUUUCCCUCAUUACUUUAUUUUCCUAUAACUUUAUUCUUGUACAAUUUAUUCUCAUGUUUUGACUAUUUUUGUACAACUUUACUUCUUGUCAUUUGUUCUCGUACGACUUAUUUUCAUAACGUUACGACUUUAUUCUCAUGUUUUUAUUCUCAUACAACUUCGAACCAUGACUUUAGUGUUGUGCAACUUUAUUUUUGUAUAAUUUCUUGUAUUACUUUGUUCUCAUACGACUUUCUUUUUUGACUAUUACGGCUUUAUUCUUGGAUGAUUUUACUCUUCUACUAUGAAGAAUAAAGUCGAGUAAGACUCCUAGUCGAGUUGUGAAUGUUGUCACGAGACUUUAUUCCCACUGCUUACGGCUGAGACAUUUAGAUAGAAACUCAAAGUAGAAGUGAGAUAAUUCUGGCUGCAGAGAUUUCAUGAUAGCAAAGAUAUUAAUUUAUCUAACAGAAAAGCCCAACUCAGAAAGGCAGACAGUCGAAACACUGCAUUAUUUUUCCAGUAUUAUAGAAAAAUUAAAAACACUAACAGACUGGUCUCUCUUCAUGUAUUUGUGCUCUAAAAAAUAAAACUUGAAUCAUCUGA